AUGUCUUAUACCGGCCAUUGCAACUGCGAAAGCAUUCACGUGACGCUGCCCGAGCAGCCUCCUAAGACUGGCGUUUGUCAUUGUUCAAACUGCAAGCGAGUUGGUGGUGCCUUCUCGGUCAACUACUUUGUCCCCGAGGAUGAUUUGACCAUUGAUGAUCCGAACAAUACGUUGAAGAUUUUCGUGGAUUCCAAGACUGCGAGCGGAAAUGUGAUCCAGCGCAACUUUUGUUCGAAUUGUGGAAGUGCUAUCUUCACUAAAAGCCCGAAGGCCCCGGGGAAGGUCUUUCUCAAGGCGACUUUGUUCGACACAAUUUCUCCUAAGGGUGGAGAGGUUUUCGGUGAACACCGACUGGAGCUGUGA